UGGAGCUCAUAUGACGACUACUAAUUGCGCACCAUGUAGUCCGAUCUGUAACGUUGAAACCAGAGCGUGUCCGGAUUAUUGCGUAGAAGGGGGAAGCUUCUGCAUAUGCGAAUCUGGAUACUACCUCCCGUACGAAAACAGCACUUACUGCGUUUCGAAAAGCUCUUGUCCUACGUGUGGGAAUGCUGCGUCAGAAUCACAGUCACAAUCAGAAUCAGAAUCAAAUUCAGAAUCAACCGCGGGACCAGAAUCGAAAACAGAAUCAGAAUCUGAAACAAAAUCGGAGUCGGAAUCCAAUUCAGGACCAGAAUCAACCGCUAAAUCAGAAUCGGAAUCAGAAUCAAAUUCAGAAUCAACCGCAGGACCAGAAUCGAAAACAGAAUCAGAAUCUGAAACGGAAUCGGAAUCGGAAUCCAAAUCAGGACCAGAAUCAACCGGUAAAUCAGAAUCGGAAUCAGAAUCAAAUUCAGAAUCAACCGCAGGACCAGAAACGAAAUCAGGAUCAAAAGACAAAUCAGAAUCAAAUGCUGGAUCAGAAGGAUCAAAAGACAAAUCAGAAUCCAAUUGUGAUUCAGAAUCGAAAUCAGGAUCAAAAGGAAAAUCAGAAUCAAAUAGUGGAACGAAUUCAAAAUCAGACACAACCGGACCGUCAAAAUCAAUUGACAAUGCAAAAUCAACAUUAGAAUCAAAAGUAAAAUCAAAUGAUGGAUCAGAAUCGAAAUCAGACACAACCGGACCGUCAAAAUCAAUUGACGAUACAAAAUCAACAUUAGAAUCAAAAGUAAAUUCAAUUGACGAUGCAAAAUCAACAUUAGAAUCAAAAGUAAACUCAAUUGACGAUGCAAAAUCAACAUUAGAAUCAAAAGUAAACUCAAUUGACGAUGCAAAAUCAACAUUAGAAUCAAAAGUAAACUCAAUCGAUGAUGCAAAAUCAACAUUAGAAUCAAAAGUAAACUCAAUCGACGAUGCAAAAUCAACAUUAGAAUCAAAAGUAAACUCAAUUGACGGAUCAGAUUCGAAAUCAGAAACAACCGAACCGUCAAAAUCAAAUGAUGGAUCAGAUUCGAAAUCAGGAACAACCGAACCAUCAAAAUCAAUUGACGAUUCAAAAUCAAAAUUAGAAUCAAAAGGAAAAUCAGAAUCAAAUGAUGGAUCAGAUUCGAAAUCAGAAACGACAGAACCAUCAAAAUCAAUCGACGAUUCAAAAUCCGAAUUAGAAUCAAAUGCUGAAUCAGAGUUGAAAUUAAUAUAAACAGUGAAAUCAGAAUCCGUAUAUGAAUCAGCGGCAAAAUUGGAGUCGGCAUCCGAAACAGAAUCAACUUCUGAAUCAGGAUGAAAAUCCGAGACAUCAUACCUACCAACAAAUCCUACAAUAAGUAU